UCCCUCUGUAAACAACAUGCCGUCAGUUCCUGCAGAUAAUACAGACGAUGCUAAACCCUCCAAAAAUUUUGUUGCACUUUUAUCAAACUUUGCUGACGAUCAUUUAACAGUUGUCCGGAGCAUCAGCACAUGUAUUGGUCUCGCGGGGCUUCUCAUAGUAGCCAGGAGCAUCAGACUGAUGACCAAAUUCGGCUCCGGCACUGAUAUUCCAGCACGGUUCAUUGAGAGGAAUAUCAUUAUUAGAGGACGACUGAGAAAUAUCACAGAAAAAGGGCUUGAAGUGGAACACAUUCCGAUUUCUGUCCCUUUACUCAGUCGCCUGCUUGCUAAACGUCAGACUGAAGCCCUCCUGGAUGUGCGUUUGGCUGGGGUGGAGUUGACCUCUGAAGGGCACCACUGGAUCGGUCAACAGCUGAGACCCGCUGAGACAGUUUGGCUCCGACUGAUCGCUCGACAGAACGAGACCCUUCACUGCCUAGUGUCAGUUAACAAGGGGUCCCUCUUUAACACUUGUGUAAAUGAGGAACUUUUAAGGCUUGGUUUGGCUAGGACGUCUCCUCUUGUGGUUCUGGACCCUCACUCUCAGAUUUACUGGAGUCUCUAUAAGCGCUUACUUCGCGCUGAAAGCAAAGCUGAGAAAAAAGGAAAAGGCCUUUGGAAGGAAGAGAGUCGCUGGGAGAGAUUUACUGAUGUCUUGAGGAACAAUAUGCUGCUUGUCUCACUUAAGAAACUCUUCAAAUGGAGAUCUGGUACUAAAGAAAAGUGAAACAUUCCAUUUUCCAUGUUGGUGAUUUGUUUGAUGUUAUUAAAUAUUUACUUUAAAUCAGACUGAUCUCAGACAUAAUUUCAAGAAUUAAGGGAGGGAGCACGAUUAAACAUGUCCAUCCGAGAAUGUAAAUGUCCAUGUGUUAUUCUGCUUACUGACACUUGUAAAGAAUCUCCCCUUCGUGUCUUGCUCAUGAAGACAGACUGUCUUUACCCCUGCUGUAAUGGUUGUAGCAUUCUAUAAUCCAUCACGUUAUUCAUGCUGUCCUACACCUGUAGUGUCGGACCCUGUCAUCAUACUCCUGACAACCGGAAAGCCUUUGUACUCUGCCCUCCUCCCAUAAAUCCAUAUCCUACAGACCUCUCGGUUUUCUCUUUCCCUGGGGAGAUGGGGGAGUGCUUUGUCAUGAUGACAUGGCAGUGGGGGUCUACCAAUGCCCCUGUGGAGAUCCCCAUUACUAUAGAAACAUCACAGUCUGAAGACAAAGUGUAUCAGGGGGGCAUUUCUCAGGGUCCUAAAAGCCAUAGUGCUUGUAGAGCACACAACAGAGACUACGAGAGGGGGGAAAUGCUUGAAUACAAUAACUAUUGUAGUUCAGAACAUUGUUUUCAACUAAUAUUAUGUGGGGUCUAAAAAACUCAAAAAUGCAAAAAUAAUUUAAUUAUUAAAAAUGUUACAUCAUGCAUGUGAAUUGUAAAUUGGUAUUCAGAACGUUGUAGAAUCUAUGCAGAUGCUAUUUUUCUCUACUAAGUAGAGCCAACUUAAUAGUUUUAGUCAUUUUCACCUAUCUAUGUGACUAGGGAGGAGAAACACAAGAGAAAAGUUUUUCCAGUUGUGUACAUUGCUGUGGUGUAAAUGUACUCUGUGUUUGCUUACAUUGUCUGUAAAAAAACACAGCAUUCCAAAAAAACAUUUUAUUUGUUUCACAUGAUUUUAUUGCGAUUUCAUGAGGGAAAAUAAAGAUAACUGAAGCACAUUUUA